UCAACUACUAACUCUCCGAAGGCGACACAAGAGGAUGCAGGCACCAUUGCGGGGUGCCAGUCAUUCCCAGUGAAAACACCACGUACCACUUGACUUUGUUAUCCAUGCUUCCAGGAGACUAGCUCGGCCGCAAACAUGCCAGAUAAUGCAUCGAUCUUCUCGCAAUCCUCCCGCUCGUUAUUCCCCAGAGGUCCCAGUUUCUCUUUAGAGGAUUUCUCAAGUCGCGACUUCAUUGUUAAGGAAUUCAUUGAGACUCUUUCCGAUAGCGGCAUUCCAUCCCGUCGCUCCGCCGGCGGAACUACUGGCGUAAACCAGGAGUUCGAUCCCAAGCCCCUCAUCCGAACUUUCGAGUAUGCGCAAGCACGACUGAACGAGCUCUCUGGUGAUCUGGAGAUUCGAGAGAAUGAACUAUCCGCUGCAGUCCGAAGAGCUGAAGCUCAGCAUGCACAGAAUACUAGCACGCUCGGCAAGAAACUCAGGGAGACCAUAGAGUCAUUCCAACAAUUGGACACGUCGCUCAAUGGCACGGGUUUGGCGGGCGACCUGGCAGGUGGCACCGGGAAUAUGGCCAUUGAGACUGGAAGGAAACUGGAGGAGCUUGACCGACAGAGACGUCGAGCUCUCGAUGCACACUUUCUAAUCCAGUGCUGGGAUGGAGUUAGCAACAGGGGAGAUCUAACUCUGUUAGAGAACUUGAGGAGGUCAGGGUCAGGAGAAGCCAAGGUCCGCUCCGCACAAAUCGCACGGCAAUUGCUGCGGAUCAGUCAGAGAUUGGAUCCCAAGAGCUGGGAUGAGUCUGGCAGGAAGACCAACGGGGCGUAUGGGAAUGGCGCUGCAUCUACGGACGAGAGCACAAACGGCGAUGAACCCAACGUCGUUCGGCGAAAUACUAGGGAGAUUAUUGAGAAGUUCUCGGAAACGCUGGAGAAAGACCUCCUGAAGCAGUUCGAUGAUUUCUACCGCAAGGCAAAUUUCGAGGGUAUGAAAGAUUGUGCAACAGUACUUCAUGAUUUCAACGGGGGAGCCAGCGUCAUUGCGUUGUUCGUCAAUCAACAUCAGUUUUUCAUCGACCGGAGUCAACUAGUAACAGAGGAGGUGAGCGGGGACUCUGAAUCUUGGGAGAAGCUGGCGGAUCCCGAUGCAGACCCUCCGGGAGUCGAGCACAGUCUCCAGUCGCUAGUUGACGAGGUCAAGGUUGUCGUCCAAGAAGAGUCAGCUAUGAUCAAGCGGGCAUUCCCAUACUACGAACAGGUGCUGGGGAAGUUUUUACAGCGUGUGUUCCAGCAAUCCAUACAGCAAAGGCUAGAAAUGGUAUUGGACAAAGCCAAUGGGAUCUCGUCACUUGCAUUCCUACGGUCUCUCCAAAGCUCCCGAAGCUACGUUAGCGCACUGGUCGAUGCUCUGAAAGCGCAUGGCUUGACAGAACAUCCAGAUCCGAUUUCUUCUCAGACAGCCCUGGUCUUGGAUCAGCAACUAGAAGACCUAUUUGUUCCCUACUUCGUAGGAUCAUCCUAUAUUGAGAGAGAAAAGAAGAAUCUAGAGGAUCUGUACACGUCGAUUCUAUUCAAAUUCACAACAUAUCAUGCGCGGCGGAAGAGAGCGGCGACAACUUUCAUGGCUUCCCUUGCUAAGUCCGGCUCAGAGGUUCUGUCGUCUGCCAGGGAUGCCUACGUCAACCGACUGGAGUCAUCGGAGCUUGCUCCAACGCACAGGAAGAUGCUCUUGCAGGUAGCAGGUCUGCGGGAGUCAAUUGACUCGCCACGAGAAAUCAAGCUCACCGAAGAGGAUGGGCUUCUGAAUAUAUCGUACACCAAGCGAAUGCUCAAAUGGCUAGCUGAGGCAGUCGGACGAGGCUUGGAACUUAGUGUCAGCAAUGAAACACCCAAGGACGUCUCGGUUCUGUUGAAUCUGCUCCUGUCUACGAUAGGGGAGAAUUAUAUGGAGGUCAGUCUCGACGCUGCUUUGGAAGCAGCGACAUCACAAGAAUCAGGCAAGACGGAGCCAGACUUCUCCUACCUACCAACGGUCCGGACCGCUGUUAGCAUCACGAAUCUAAUGGUGACAUGUAUCAAUAAAGUGCUUAUCCCCCUCGCGAGUGGUAGUAUCACGAUUCGCCGAGAAAUGGAGAAGAAGACGCAUCUGACAACGAUGCGUAUUGAGGAGAAGAUAAAUACGAUUGAGCAGAAGACGGUCGAAGCGGCUCUUGCUUGGAUUGGGAGACUGUUAUCCGGGCAGAAAAAGAACGAUUUCCGGCCUCGAGAAGGUGACAGCACCGCCUGGCUGGAAAAGCUGCAGACGCAGACAUGUUCUUCAAUCUGCGCCUUCUUGACCCGCCUGCAAAACAUCGCGGUGACGUCGCUGCCAUCGAUCGGCUCUAAUGUCAGGCAGUUGCUCGGCGAAGUUGCCCUUGGGACGCGCAUCCUCCUUCUUGAGCAUUUUAAACGGUUCGUGAUUAAUGGGCCUGGAGGGCUCAUGGUCACCAAGGACAUGACACAGUAUACCGACGUUCUCAAAUCGUGGAGCAUCGAUGAAGAGAUCAAGGGGGCUGGCGGAGCGCUGGACGUUUUGCUGGAAGUUGGCAACCUCUUUGUCAUCGGGCCAGAAGCUUUGAGAGAAAGGAUCCGGGUCAAAGCGACGGCGGGCGAUAGCAAGGGGUCAAGGAAUAAUACUGGGGCCAGUUCUGGCCCCCAAGCUGGCCUGAGCGUACAAGAGGUUCGGGCAUACGUCUCCCGAAGAGAAGAUUCAAACACUCCAGCCAUGCAAAGUGUACUCACUUGCCUAUGAGUUACCGUCGAUGGGGAGUUGUGGAGGGCUGAGUCAAUUACUUGGUUUAUUACUACGAUGGAAACAACCCUAUUGGCAUAUACCUUCGGCUCGGUUCGAGGUUUUUGGCCGAGAACAGCGCUUCAUGGAAAGCACUGGGGCAUUCCCUUUUUUUUUUCGCUCUUCCUUCUUCCUCUUUCCUCUUGUUCGCACAGCGCUGUCCCAGAUAACUGUGUAUGAGCAUCAUGUAUAGUAUGGUAUAUGAAGACUUCUCCAACUCAAUUCAAAUACCCAAUGCAGGGAUUGAGAUACGACUGCAGUGACAGAACUUCCACUGGGCUAUGGCAUGAAGUGAUAGUAAUUAAGUACUGUGACGCCAUGCUUUCCCACUGCUUCUUA